AUGGGCGGUGCGCGCGUGUGUGGGGGCGUGUCCCGGGCCGCGCCGCUCAGCCAAUCAGCGCCGCGUGCGUGCGCGGGGCGCGGCCGGGGCGGCGCCGCGGCGGGAGCGGAACGGGAGCGCGGAACGGGAGCCGCGGAGAUGGAGCGGCCGAGCGGGCUCGGGCUGGCGGCUCUGGGCGCUCUGGGCCGGCGGCUGCUCUGGGCGCUGCCCGCUUACGCCGCGGGGCUGCUGGGGCUCGGGGCGGGCGCCGUGGUGCUCGCCCUGGCGCUCUACGCGGGCUGGCGGCGGCGGCGGCGCGCCCGGGAGCGCGGGAUGCGCGCGGCCGAGCGCCUGCACCGUGAGGAAGAAGCGGCGGUGCGCGCCGCCGCCCGCGGGGAGCUGCCGGCCUGGGUCAGCUUCCCGGAUGUGGAGAGGGCGGAAUGGCUCAACAAGGUGCUGGCCCAGGCCUGGCCCUUCCUGGGCCAGUAUCUCGAGAAGCUCCUGCAGGACUCGGUGGCCCCGGCCAUCCGCGCCUCCAGCGCCCACCUGCAGAGCUUCGCCUUCACCAGGGUGGACCUGGGACAGAAGCCCCUCCGUGUCCUGGGGGUCCAAGCCCACCCCGGAACGCACCAGAAGCAAAUCCUGCUGGACCUCAACAUCAGCUACGUGGGCGACGUCCAGAUCGACGUGGAGGUGAAGAAAUUCUUCUGCAAGGCGGGGGUGAAGGGGAUGCAGCUGCACGGGGUGCUCAGGGUGAUCCUGGAGCCGCUGCUGGGGGAGGCGCCCAUCGUGGGGGCACUCAGCGUCUUCUUCAUCCGCCGCCCGACGCUGGACAUCAACUGGACAGGAAUGACCAACCUGCUGGACAUCCCUGGGCUCAGCUCCAUGUCGGACUCGAUGAUCAUGGACAGCAUCGCCUCCUACCUGGUGCUGCCCAACCGGCUGCUGCUGCCGCUGCUGCCCGACCUGCCCGAGGCUGCGCGGCUGCGCUGGCCCCUGCCCAGGGGCGUGGUGCGGGUGUCGCUGGUGGCCGCCAUUGGUAGCUUCCUGGGCGGGCUCGUCCAGGGCCGCUGGUUCCGGACGGUGAGGGGGAGGGUGGAGGGGACACAGACGGCGACAAGCCGGGUGAUCGGGGACAGCCUGGACCCCGUGUGGGACGAGAUGUACGAGUUCAUGGUGCACGAGGUGCCGGGGCAGGAGCUGGAGGUCGAGCUCUUCGACAAGGACCCCGACAAGGACGAUCUGCUGGGCAGGAUGAAGCUGGACCUCGGGGAGGUACUCAGAGCUCGGGUGAUGGACGAGUGGUUCCCGCUGCAGGAGGGGGGGCAGGGCCGGCUCCACCUGCGCCUGGAAUGGCUCUCGCUGCUCUCCGACGCCUCCAAGCUGGACCAGGUUUUGGAGAAGAACCAAAAAAUCGUGGCCAAGCCCGACCCCCCCUCCUCCGCCAUCCUCGUGGUGUAUCUGGACAGGGCUGAGGGGCUGCCCGUAAGGAAAGCAGGCAAGGAGCCCAACCCCGUGGUUCAGGUGUCGGUGCAGGACGUCACCAGGGAGAGCAAGGUGGUCUGCAACACCUCAGCCCCCGUGUGGGAGGACGCUUUCCGCUUCUUCCUGCACGACCCCAGCAACCAGGACGUGGAUUUCCAGGUGAAGGACGACCCCCGCCAGUCGCCCCUGGGCUCUCUGUCGCUGCCUCUGUCGCGACUGCUGCAGUCGCCGUCGCUGUCGCUGGCCGAGCCCUUCCCGCUGCAGCGCUCGGGGCCGGGGGCGCUCCUGCACCUCCAGCUGGAGCUCCGGGUGCUGUUCCCGGAGCCCCCCGAGCCCGGCGGGGCCCCCCCGGGACAGGCGGAGCCCCCCAAAAGCGACACCGAGGGACCCCCGCCCAGACCGAGCCGGGCCGGGCCCGACCCCCGCUCCGGCACCGAGCGGGUGCUGCGGGUGCAGCUGCUCGAGGCCGCGGCGCUCGUGGCCAAGGACCAGCGGCUCGGGGGCCUCGUGCGGGGCCGCUCGGAUCCCUACGCCGAGGUGCGCGCGGGCGGGAGCCGCUUCCGCAGCCGCGUGGUGCGCGACGAGCUGAACCCGCGCUGGAACGAGAGCUACGAGGUGAUCGUGGACGAUGUCCCGGGGCAGGACGUGGAGUUCGACCUCUUCGACAAAGACAUCGACAAGGACGACUUCCUGGGCAGGUGCAAGGUGCCCCUCAGGAGGGUCCUGAGCAGCCGCGUCGUGGAUGAGUGGCUGCCCCUCCAGGACGUUCCCUCGGGGCGGCUCCACGUGCGCCUGGAGAGCCUCGAACCGCGGCCGAGCGCGGAGCUGCUGGACAGGGUGCUGCACACCAACGCGCUCCUGCAGCCCCAGCACGGCCCGGAGCUCUCGGCCGCGCUGCUCCGCGUGUACCUGGACAGAGCCGCGGAUCUGCCGCUCCGGAAGGGCUCCGCAGCCGCCCCGCGCCUUUGCCAGCCUGGCCGUGGGCGCCGCCUCCUUCAGAACCCAGGUGGGGCCGGCUGGGGUUCGGGGGGGGGGUCCAGGGGGAGCUGCCCCCCCUGCACGGAGCCCGUGUGGGAUGAAGGCUUCUCCUUCCUCAUCAGGCGGCCGCACGCGGAGACGCUGGAGCUGCAGGUCCGGGCCGAGGCGGGGCCCCCCCUGGGCUCCCUGAGCCUCCCCCUGGCGGCGCAGCUGCUGCCCCGGGCCGGGCUCAGCAUGGACGGCUGGGUGCCCCUGCCCGGGGGGGGGCAGCUCCUGCUGCGGGCACAGCUCGGGGUCCUGGUGUCGCAGGAGGUUGAGGAGGGGGCGGCCCGCAGAGCCCCCGAGGGGGGGGACCCGGAGCGGCCGCAGGAGGAGGAGGAGGAGGAGCAGAGGGGGGAGGAAGAUGAGCAGCGAGGGGCGGGGGGGCUGCGCCAGCGCCAGGUGCCGGCGGACAGGCGCCCCCAGCCCCCGCAGGGUCCCCGGGUGCUGCUCUCGCUGCGGCUCCACCGCGAGCAGCGCCGCCUGGUGGCCAUCGUGCACAGCUGCAGGGAUCUGCGCGCGGCCUCCAAGGAGCCGCCCGACCCCUACGUGUCCCUGGCGCUGCUCCCCGAGCGCGGCCGCGGCGGCUCCAAGCGGAAAACGGGGGUGCAGAGACGGACCCUGAACCCCGAGUUUAACGAGAGGUUCGAGUGGGAGCUGCCCCCGGAGGAGGCGCCGCGGCGCCGGCUCGAGGCCACCGUGAAAUCCUCGGGGAACUUCGUGACCGGGGGGAAGGAGGCGCUGGGCAAGCUGCAGCUGGAGCUGGCCCAGGUGGAUCUGUCCGAGGGGGACCCGCGCUGGUACGAGCUGCAGGACGAGCGGAGCCUCCCCUGACGGAAUUUGGGGACCCCCCCGGACCCCCCCC